AUGCGCCAUUACGCUUCGCUCUAUCCACAGCGCAACAGUAGCCAGUGCGCAGCGGCGACCAAGCCUGCCAGCGGGAAAUCUUUCACCAUUGACGCCCUGCUCGCCAAGCCGUCGGAGACACACAUAGACCGAACGAGUCCCAUUCACUGUAGACUCAAAUACCAACCGACAGCGCCACUACAUCCCUUCCAGACCCAGAUGAGCUCAGCGCUGCCACAGUACCUCUACUCGCCCAACAUGCUGCACACGCCGGUGCACAGUCACACACAACCCGGAUACUCUGUCUACUGCUGUCCGCCGUUCUCAUGCCAUGGGGCCUUUUACGCACACGAAACAGGUCUAUCAAUGUCCCACUCAUUCAAACACAAGGAAGGGAAAUCCAAGCGGAUGCGCACCAGCUUCACCAACGAGCAGUUGGACCGUCUGGAGAAGGAGUUCUCCCGGCAGCAGUACAUGGUCGGCUCGGAGAGGUUCCUUCUGGCGUCGGGUCUGCAGCUCACAGAGGCUCAGGUUAAAGUGUGGUUCCAGAAUCGACGCAUCAAAUGGCGCAAGCAGAGUCUGGAGCAACAGCAGAACAAGCUGGUUAAACUGGGCCUGGCCACCCCAGUGAAGAGUCCUGGUUCUCAAGGUCUGGGGGAGGAGGCGGAGGAGAUCGACUUCUCAGACGGAUAAGAUGUGCAUAAAGACGGGCUCCCUGACUACUGCUGACCGGUCUUGGACCACAGAACCGGGCAUCUGUAUACACCGCUCAAGACACG